ACAGCCCUUUGGUUGACCCCAGUGACAAUGGCGGUGUUUCACGACGAGGUGGAGAUCGAGGACUUUCAGUAUGACGAGGACUCGGAGACUUAUUUCUAUCCCUGCCCGUGUGGGGAUAACUUCGCCAUCACCAAGGAAGAUUUGGAGAAUGGAGAAGACGUGGCAACGUGUCCUAGCUGCUCUCUCAUUAUAAAAGUGAUUUAUGACAAAGAUCAAUUUAUGUGUGGAGAAACAAUACCAGCACCUUCCACCAACAAGGAAUUAGUUAAAUGCUGAAGAAGGCUUUAAGAAUCCAAAUCUGGAACAGUUGAAAAUGAGCCAAGAUGGAAAAAUCAAAUGCAAAGUUAUAGACCUCUUCACAAGGACAACCUUCUUGUGGUUUUUUGCUCUGUUACAGAGUGUGGAUUCUUUCCAACAACUGCGACGUUCACCUUCAAUUAAGAAGCAAUCCACAACAUGACAUACCUGGAUUUCACACAUAAAACUUUGAAUUGCAAGUGUUCUUAAUUUUCCAUCCAAAUUUUUUAAAAGAUAGUUUCAAAUCAGUACAUUU